AGGAAGCGAACGUGGAAAGGGAGUCAAUCCUCUCAGCUUGCGGCUGCGUCGGGCUUCGCCGGUGUUCGGGGGCUUCGCACGGCGCCGCACACCAUUCGCGACGUAGGCGCGGUGCGGGAAGGUAGCAGCCGGGGCCCGUACACCGCGGCACUCCAAACACACGCCGGGCACAGGAGGGAGAAAGCAGAAAACGACGCAGACGGCGCAGCUAGGAAGAAGCAGACGACAAAGCCUUCAAAGUUCAACCGGUGCAGACGACAACUGCAAAUCUGCGCGCCUGCUACGAGCGCUGUGAAGCUGCCGGCACGGCGAAGCAGCAGCAGCACACGGCAGACAACUGUGGUAAAGCACGUCUGCUGAGCGUCAGCAACGUCGCCGCUGUGUAACAUACAGUGGGAAAGAAACGGUCGAAUUUGGGGGGACAGAGGACGCUCUUUAACAUUCCCAGAGGAGUGAGUAGAAGGCACAGACGACAGAAAACAUGGCCGAGGCAACGCAAUACUCCGAGGUUCCGCAGGCCGAGCCAACCAAGCCCGCCGCUCCGAACAAAGCCGGCGAUAGCGACGUCGUCUGCUUGAAGCCCAAGAUGAGUUUGCUCAACGGUAUCACCGUGAUCGUCGGCAGUAUCAUCGGUUCGGGCAUCUUCGUGUCGCCUCGUGGAGUCUUGGCCAACACCGGCAGCGUGGGACUGUCCCUCAUCGUCUGGGUUGCGUGCGGAAUCUUUUCCAUGAUCGGAGCAUACUGCUACGCGGAGCUUGGAUGCAUGAUCACAAAGACCGGCGCCGACUAUGCGUACAUCAUGGAAGCGUUCGGGCCAUUCGUCGCCUUUCUCCGACUCUGGGUGGAGUGCUUGAUCGUGCGGCCAUGCUCGCAGGCCAUUGUGGCGCUCACUUUCUCCUUCUAUGUGCUGCGGCCCAUAUUCCCCGACUGCGACCCCCCGGACCCGGCGGUCAGGGCCCUCGCCUUCGUCUGCAUCGCACUGCUGACCUUCGUCAACUGCUGGGACGUCAAGUGGUCGACGCGCGUGCAAGACUUCUUCACCUACGGCAAGCUGAUCGCCCUGGCCACUAUCAUCAUCACCGGAGUUGUGCAGCUGUGCUACGGACACACCGAGCACUUCAACUUCGAGAAUACCGAGACGGACAUCACAAAAAUUGCGCUGUCCUUUUACUCAGGGUUAUUCGCUUAUAACGGCUGGAACUACUUGAACUUCGUCAUCGAAGAGCUCAAAGAUCCUCACAGGAACCUCCCACUGGCCAUCUUCAUUUCAUGCAUCCUGGUCAUGGUCGUGUACACUUUGACCAUCGUGGCCUUCCACACCACGCUGUCCGUGCAAGAAGUGCUCGGCGCCGAGGCCGUCGCUGUGACCUUCGCUGAAAAGCUCUACGGAUACAUGGCCUGGAUUGUGCCAGUGUUUGUCGCCCUGUCCACGUUCGGAGGCGUCAACGGAAUCCUCUUCACGUCAUCUCGUCUAUUCUACGCCGGUGCGGAGCACAGUCAGAUGCCCAGACUUCUGUGCAUGAUCUCAAUAAACCGGUUGACACCGACGCCCGCUGUCCUUGCUAUGUGCCUGCUAUCGCUGGUGUACCUGUGCAGCAGCGACAUCUUCGCCCUGAUCACGUACGUGGGCUUCGCCACCUGGCUUGCCAUCGGACUGGCCGUGGCCACGCUGCCCUACUUCCGCUGGAAGGCGCCAAACCUCAAGAGACCCAUCAAGGUUAACCUUAUCUGGCCCAUAAUCUACUUGAUUGCCACCGUUUUCGUCACGAUUGUCCCCAUGAUUGCGGAUCCCGUGCAAACCGGAAUCGGAGCCCUGAUAAUUGCCACUGGAGCGCCCGUCUACUUCAUCUUUGUCUACUGGAAAAACAAGCCGAGGUGGAUCCAAGGAACAUUCGAUAGUGCCACGGUAUUUUUACAAAAAAUGCUGGUAGUGGUGGCUUCUGAAAAGCCCAAGGACGUCUAGGACGCACCUGGGUCGCCUUCUCUGGGAGGCACACUUCAUCAACCGCCCACCUGCACCACAUCUGCUCGGGUGUUCAAAUGUCGUCGUCAUCGUCGCAAAAACACUGUCACCUAAGGGAAACCAUUGGACACCAUUGCUCGUUCUCGACUCGAUCGCAAACGAAAAAAAAAAGACCACGGAAACAAAGAAUCAAAGACAAGGAAACACCUACUGACAGGUCAAAAGCAAAAGGCCGCCAUUGUGAAAUGAAAGAAAAAGAAAGCAAACUAUAAUAAGAAACACAAUAGCACUGUUAGUGUUUAUAAGAAUCGUGCAAGGAAUGUCUCGUUGUAACAGAUCCGUGUUUUCGUCAUUGAAGAUAUCGCAGUUUAAUUUAUUUAAUCUCAUUUACAAAGUGGUAAUUGCGUGCGCCGUCUGAACACGCUGAUCAUAGUUAACCGCACUUCUCUGGUAGCUUUUACGGAUUCUGCAGGCAUUUCCAUGCUAGACAAGUCGAGUUGCACAAAGUUGUCCAGCGGCCUAGGCGGGAUAGGAGGCACUUCAUUGUUUGCUCGGUGACGCUGUUCGUGUGUGACGAAACAGAAGCAUGCAUUAAAAAAACCGGUAGCUUUACAGCUAAGAUUUCGUAUGCAGCGUUGCUGAAUCAGCAGACUCGAAGUCCAUCACACAUUCUAUGAUUAGAUGGCUUCGUGUGUGGAGCUACGAUUUGGUAUACGGCCAACAUGUGUUCACUUUCAGCUACACCGAAAGUGUAGUAGGCUAUCCCUUGUCGCAGUUAGGUACUGUUAUGGACAAAUGUCAUCCAUUCCUAACUUUUAAGUUUGUCAUAUAGAUUCAGCAUCUCAUUCGUACAUAUAAAUGUCCAGCGACCAUCCCUCUUGGUCGACAUGUUCAUUUGAGAUGGACUCCAUGAUGCAGAUACCUUUUAUUUGAGCAUUGUAGUGUGCUCCCAAAGAAGAUGCACAGAUACAUUUCUGCUGUUUCACUGAACUCAUUGGCGCUCUCUGAAACGGUGAUCUGUUACAACGAGAAAAGCCAUAUAAGUAUAUAUAAUGUGUGUGAGUGCGUGUGCAUGUGUAGGUAGAAACGUGUGUACAUAAUCCGGUAUGCUCGUGAACAUAUAUGCACGUAUAUUUUUGUAAUUAAAACAUUAAGUUCGCAGAAAAAAGAGAACUUUGAGAUGUUCCGACAGUCUUUCAGUACCAAUGCUUCCAUAAACGCGCGUAGGAACAAAAUAUAAGGAAGGGUAUUUAGGACGUCGGAGGGUAGCUCUUUCGGACCCCUGCCACAUAUCGAAUAUUUUGCGCAUAAUUUUUGUUUCCUUUUCUUUUGCCAUAUGAGUCUAGCAUUAUAGUUCCGAUCGGUGUUUUCAACAUUCACGAGAUGGACCUAUUACAAUAGUUGACAACCGUGUAGCUUAUUUGACACAACGCAUUUUCUUAAAAAGAUGGGCCUUGAGAAGGCGCAAAUGGCACUACCAAAAAUGUUACAUUUUUACUUUGUACAAGUGAUAAUCGCAUUGCACACGAUCAUUAUACUCGUAACAGAUCCUUCGUUCGCCUAAGACUUUCCGCAUCAGAGUUAUCAUCACUGUUUGUAGCUAAACAGUGUCUUACAAACCAUUAUGUUUAUGCUCAAAGCACCUAGGUAGCACACAGCUUAACGAAUGUAACUUAUAAAAAAUUGUAUUUCAGGUUCCAGGUUCAUAUGUUUGUGCAGUCAAAACAACCAUGGAUGACCGCCGUCAUAGGACGUUAUAAGACUAUGACGCCACAAAACUUGAGUUUACGCAGAACUGUUUGCCUUGUCACGGCCAAUCUUUGUGCAAGAGCCAUCAUUGCUGCAAAAGCAUGAAUGCUAGGUACAUUGUUUUAUAUUUUGUUAUCACACGUGAUGGUGCAAAGACAGGAUCAGUCACAAUUAUCUGGAACAAGUUAGGCAUGCUGAGUGUAAAUUAUGCUGUAUCGGCAGUCUUAGAUGUUUUUAUAAACAAAUUGUUCAUGGCCUUUUAAGAGCUGGACAGUUACUUUUGACGAAGUACCAAAUUCAUGUGCGAUCGCAGGCGUCAGGUGAUAUGUCAGGUAGCAUGCUGUGCUUUUCCGGGACAUUCUGACUGAAACUGAUCAUGUUAUUUCACUGCAUGGUUUUAUUUUUACUUGUACGGUGCAAUAAGUACGAUCAAACAUGAAUUUUACUAAUAUAUAUUGUUCCUGAGGAACGUUUGAGUGCAAGCAGGCAUGGAACGCAUUUCUACACAGACAAAAGAACAUCAACACAAGCCUUAAAACUAGCCUAAAACAUUAUUCUUUAAGACUUUUUCUGGAGCUAAUUAGGUCUUCUAACAUUCUUGCUAGUUGUACCAUUCUUUCUGACUGGGUUAUUCAGGGAGAGGAAGAAUGACGCUGAAAGUCAGAUUCAACUGAUAUUUUAGAGCGUGGCUCUUAGAUGCCUCUACCCUCGCAGAGCGUCGGCGUCGGCGUUGUCCGUCGUAGCGGAGCGAACGAGCACAGUGAAGGAUGAAAGCGAACGCGGAGUGCAGCAAGAGAUGAAAUGUGGCAAUAAUGAGGAGAGAGCGAGGGGGAAAGCGGAGGAGGAAGGUAUGGCGAAAGGGUGAGGAGGAAAGCGUAUAGUGCCGCGCAAGACGGGCUUUGCGGCAACGAUGGCUACGAGAUGGCGCCAGAGUAGCGCGCGUCGUCUGUUCGCCAAAGCGCUGCAUGAGCGGACAUCUGUCUGCGGCGGCAGCUGCUCAUCGCGCCCACGCGCUGCCUCUCGUGAUCUCCCGAAUUGGCGAGGCAGUCGCGCCACACUGCGCUACGUUCGUGACGUGCCGCACGAGUCAGAUUGUCCGCGCUAGCCAAUACAUCGCGAAAUGAAAACUCGUGGAGAGUUGCGCUCAAAUUUCGCAUUACACUCUAAAAACAGUUUGCACCCUUUGGGGUGUAUAUUUGUCCCACAACAAUAAUCGUCAUCAGCCUUGCUUGCGUUUCCUUUCUUGAAAACGCGGCGCUCGCUACUUUCCUGUCGAGAAUGCUGCGUCACACUGAUAACGCGCGUGCCGUUCGUGACCGUGAAGUACCGGGCUCGCAGCGUUAAAGAAAGGAGACGCGGGCAAGACAGAUGACGAUUAUUGUUGUGGGACAAAUAUACACACCAAAGGGUGCAAACUGUUUUUAGAGUGUAGGUAGUAUCGUAACCGUCAGUGAAUUUUUUAAAGAAAGAAAUAUACGAACGAUAGGGUGUUUUCAAUAAAGGCCAUUACAACAAGAACACAGAAUGCAUGAUCUGUUUUGUCUUGUAACUGUCGGUACAUUUCUUGACGCACUAAGGAAUGUUGUGAUCAAUAACAGUCGUCGCACAUUCAAUGAUAACACUGUGUGCUCAAAGGUACUUCCCCAAGAACGGUGCUGAAAGGUGCAUCUUCAAGAGAAAUUUAGGUGACUUCAAUUGUGCUUUCACUUCCCACUAAAACAAAUCUUCUUGACCAACAAUAGUUACUUCCAUCAAGUUCGUAGACGAGUUUCAAUCAACCUUAUUAAAAGACUAUUAGACUAUUAUUACUAGAAGACUAUUAUUACUAAAGGAUUAUUAUUUUCAGAUACCUUCUGUAUCGCGAGGCGCAUCUCGAUAUUUUGAGACACCAUAUCUGCUGCAACACACUCAACGAAACAAACUUACACAGUUAAUCAUCGACAUGUUCUAUUGAUUUAGUUAGACAUCUCUCGAAGUGUCUGCUAAAAAUCGAGUUUUGUGUUCGCUUCGUAAGGCCCUAUUUUGUUCUUUCAACAUCGAGAGCGUGCAAGCGUUCCACCAAUGUCGGCAGCUAUGCAGCUCAGUUCGAACUUUGUAACGCGAGCAACAUCGAAUUGAAUGCAGCGCAUGCGCGGAGUAUUCACGUGCACGAAGGAUGCAUAGAAGGAUGUGUAUAUAGUUGAGUGCAAGAAGACAGCGCUGUUGUUUUAGUGAAAUCUUUGAACGGUGUACAAGGCACGAACUCUACGCGGUGACUGUACGCUGCAAGGUGGCUGCUUUACCUUUCUUUUUCCUCUGUUCUGGAUAGCCUUAAUUUAUGCUGCAUCAUUACGGGACACGUCAUGCAAGUGCGUACAGACGCGCAGCUCUAAGCUACACGAGUGGCUCGUUGGAAGAGAGGUGUGAAAGUGUCGAUAAGUGAUGAGACCAUUGUUCUCGGCAUAGAAAAAAGGCAUUAAAAAUUUUUUUUAUA